AUGUCGCACUUCGCUCAAAAGCAAAUCGAAGACUUCCGCGCGAAUAGCCUGGUUUUGAUCAGAGCUUACCUCAGGACAUGGGCUUUGUGCUUGGUCCAAUUAAACUACACCCAUCGAUUAAACUACCACCGCUACCUCCAAGAAACCAACAUACGAGCUAGCAUUAUUCUUCUACGGUCUUUGGGACCUAGCUACCGACACUCGCCUCCCCCACAUGAACCCCGAUUACUCAACCCGCUUGUAGAGGUAUAUACCAAAACGUGCACAUCCCUCUAUAAUAGUACAGAAACCACAUGCGUGACCCAAGCCUGCUCCUGUGAAGAUGGUUUCCCAACCUGGUGUCCAGGCCGGCAACAUAAACCGAUCCGACACACUGAUCCAAAUGCCCUACCACCAACCAGCUUCCUAGAAGACAUCCUGGAUCUAAACCGCCUGCUGCAUCAAGACACUCGAGGCCCGCACCCCGCGUACGGAUUCUUCUUCAACGAUAAAACUCUAACGUGUGCUGGCAUUCACAUCAACACAGUUACCCACAUUAUCGAUGUCGAGAGUAAUACGAAUAUCGCAGUGAUUGCACGAUGGCUGGACAUCGCACGGCGGUUCGCUUAUGUGGCUAUAUGUCCCCCUUCGAAUAUGGCUGCAACUUGCUCUAGGGUUGUCAAUACGCAUGACCAACAAUGUUGCUGCUAUGCCAUCGAACGGCUUCUUGCAUCCCGGGAUGUUCAAGGGAUGCUCGAGGCCGUCGGGAGUGAGCAUUGGGUGCGUUGCCAUUUUGUAACGAAGCCUGGAGGCUCCCUCGAGCGCGCGAAAACUCCUCAUAAUCUGCCAAAGAACAUAAAAUAUAUCCAGGCGUUAGCAAGCAGAUGUAAGAGCAGGACAGUAGUUGUAUGCUUAUCCCAACAUUUCAACUCCUUUCCACAGCCACACCAAACCACCUAUCCUCCCGUGGAUAGGAAACUCGAACCACAGUAUCCGCCUGUGUCUGUGUCAAACACCGUUUCACCCAUAGUACCCAUCCAGCCUUACGAAACAAGCACCGUCUCCACUAUCGGUCGAUCGAAAGCGCCACGACCGCUCUCGCCAAAAAAGCACCAAAGGAACACAGUUGUUCCGAAACCUACUGUUCUGCCGACUAAAACUAUCGAUUUCCGCUUUCGUCACCUUAUCAUGUUGCCGUUAAACCCGAUUAGCCUUCAGAGUCUUAUAUAUGAGGCACUCACACAAUUCGCAGUCCCUCUUAAGUUCAGUUCUUAA